GUGCGCUUCCCACCCUCUAAAGGUACGUUUCACUGUCGCCAUAACGAGUCGACCUCGUGGCCGAUGCAACAAAAUUGACAACUAAACUUUGGUUUAUAAAAUCUGGCGCCAGAAUAAUGAGCAAACAACAUAAUUUAGUUGCGUAAUUUAUAAUACGCGAGGCACCAAUCCAAUUGGCUCGAAUCGCAACGUAUCCAUCAGACGCGAUGAGUUCGAUCCGUCGAAAAGUCCGAGGAUGCUUCCACGCGACUGGUUGGAGUAGUCGCGAGUAGGUGCCAGAGACGGGCAUGGACACUAAGACUCCGCCGAUCCCGCUGAAAUCGCAGGAGAAGUCUCAACCGAGAAGAGCGGAUCGCGUGGCGGCCGAUGUGUCCUUGCCCCCCCUGACACCGUACCCGAAUCAUCGUUCCUCCAAACACAGAUCGUCCGGUACAUCGUGGCAGAAUCCACCACCUUGCGUUGUACAGCAUCAGGAUCACCGCAAGAAGAGGCCUUACAGAGUAUUACAUAUCGGCGCUACACCUUUGAUGCACGCCUGUCAACAAGGUGACAGGGCAAGAGUGUUGAGAUUAUUGAAGGAACAGGAAGGAACGACCGCUUAUAGAGAUCGCACGUUGAGAAACGCCCUUCAUUAUUGCAUGGACGCGGGUACCGGUGGUGCCGUUGCCGCGGCGGCACCAGAACUGGUGAACGCCCCUGAUGCCGAGGGGCACACCCCGCUUCAUCUCGCGGUCAUCGCCGGGGACACUCAGCUGGUCGCGGUUCUCUUAGCGAACGGCGCCGAUGUCAACGCUAAGGAUCUCGAGGGACAUAGCGUUCUCCAUUGGGCCACUGUCUGCGGGGAAGCGGAAUGCGUUCGGUUGAUUUUGGCGGCUGGGGCACGACCUUCCACCCCGGAUUUACGUGGCGGAUCUCCACUUCACUACGCCGCCCAAUGUUGCGGCGCGGCCGCCACGGCCGAGCUCGCUGUUCCCAAGAAGGUCGGCUUGAAAGUUUUACAAACGCUUCUCGAAUUCGGAGCAAAUGUGAACGCGAAGGACGAGGAUGGACGACAACCGAUUCUGUGGGCGGCAAGCGCGGGUAGCGUGGAGGCCGUGUUGGCUCUAGCAAGAGCCGGAGGAUCGGCAGCCGCGGGUACUUCCGACAAAGAUGGAUUGACGGCGCUUCAUUGCGCAGCUUCGAGAGGCCACGCGAGAUGCGUAGAGGUUCUCGUCAACUUGUGCGGAUCUCAUCCGGACUAUGUGGACGACAACGGUUGUUCCGCGUUACAUUACGCUGCCACCUUGGGUCACGCGGACGCUACCGCUCUUAUCCUCAAACUCGGGGCUGAUCCCAAUCGCCAAGAUCGAAAGGGUAGAACGCCAGCACUUUGCGCCGCGGCUAAAGGACAGUUGGAAACCUUGAAAAUUCUAACUCAACAUGGCGGGUCGCUUCACGCUAAAACCGUGCGUGGCACGGGGAUAGGACACGAGGCCGUUGCGUCCGGCAGAAUCGAAUUGAUAAAAUGGUUAGCGAAGAAAAGACCGAGCACGUUGGACGUUGCCACUCACGAUGGCAAGACACCUCUUCACGUCGCAGCUUUACACGGUCACUUGGACGCGUGCAAAGUUCUCUUGGACCAUGGCGCGAGAAUCAACGCGAUUCUUAGGACCAGCAAAGGCAAUUCCAUGACUCCAUUGGACGCAGCUCUCUAUAGAGGACACAGGGAUUGUGCGAAACUGAUUCAGAUGCACGGCGGUACCACGGCGCAACAACUGAGAACGCAUAAGACCGCACCGAAUAAAGUUUUUACAGCAAAAGUUCGAAUAAAACAUGACGAGAGUAGCACCGCGAGCGACAGUAGUCCUUGUAGACGAAGUCGAGGGCACAAGCAUCCCGAGCUUUAUUAUGAGGAGCGAUGGAUAGAAAGAAGAACGCGGCGGAAAGGUAAUUUGAAAAAACUAACUCGUCAGGAUAGUCGGAGCUUUAGCGAGGAAGAAGUACGUCUGUCGAAGACAUCCUCGAAAAAGGACGAGAGAAGAGCUCGAAGUGAAUCCGCACGAUAUGACGAUAAUGGCAUCGGUGAGCACAAUUUGCAAAAAAAACGAAGCAGAAAAGUAUCGAUGAAUCAUAAAUACAAGUAUUCGGAUUCGUCGUUCGAAUCGGACAGCUGCGAUUAUUCUUACGAUGACGCUGAAAAUGGAGCAGACAAACGUCGGCAGCACGCAAAGAAACGAGAGAAGGAUAAAAGCAAAAGCUCUAAUGAAACGGAAACUAAAAAUAAUUUUAAGAAAGGAGAUGAUGAAGAUCGAAGCGUAAGCGAUGACAGUUUAGAAGUGAUCGUAGUGAAGAGAUCAUUGGAAAAAAAGUGUGAGAAAGUAGUAUCCGGAAAAAGAUUGAAGGCACCUAGAGAAUGCACAAGGGAGACAAAACUGACUAAAACGCAUAAACGUAGCUCUAAGAAAAUGUCGAGAUCCAGCAAGUCGAGAACGUUCGAUAAAGAUGAGACUACGGUAGAUCGGGAUGAAUCUCCAGAGAAGGAAGAAAGAAGCGUCACGCUAAGAGGACAGUUAGUGCAAACUUCGGCUGAAGAGGAAGAGGAUGGUAGUGAGAGAAUAAUAGAAUCUCGAUAUCGAAGAGACGCGACGGAUAGUACUAGUCAGGAAACCGUAGAGCGAGUGAUUGUCACAGCGAUGAUUCACAAAGAUCAAAUGUCCGAUACCCCAAGAUCAACACAGGAAAUUGCAAAAGAGAUAAAUUCUGAUGGAGUUUUGAGGAAAACGACAACGAUAGAGGAAACGAAAAAAACCAAAGAUAUUACUUCUUCAGAUAAAAGUAAGACCGCAUUAUUACACGAGACACGCGAUACUUCUGAGGAAAGAUUACAGCGAGCAACGCAAGAAGGAUUGCAAAUUAAUGAACAAGUUCAGGAUAAAAAGGAUAAAGCAAUGAUGCCUAUCAGCGUGGAAGAUGCAAAAGAAGGCAGAUUAGAUACAUUCGAGAACGAAAUACCGAGUGGUAGUACACUGCGCGAAAAACAAGAACCAAUUGAAGAUAAAACAUUUGAUCAUUUAUCCGAUUUAAACAUUUCCAAAUCCAGUCCUACUAAAGAUCUUAUCGACGAGGAGAGAGAUAAUAUCGAAGAUAGUAAGAAUGGAAAUCAAAUUAAUAAAAGUACAGUGAUUUUGGAGAAUCAAAAAGAUUCUACGACUGCGGUGAAGCAUAUCUCGGGUUCAGGUGAGGAGAAUGACAAAUUAUUAGCUUCUAAAGAUUUAAAGCAAGACGAGAACAUUGCCGCAAAAAAAGAUUUAUCAAAAGACGAAGAGUCAAAACAAUCUGACGCACGUCAAACUAUAAAUAGUUUGAAAGAAAAUGUCGAAGGUGUACAAGCAACUUAUGAGGAUAAAGAUAAGGUCUCGACAAAGGAAACAUCUACGAAAGAAGAUUUUGCCGAGAAUUCCGAAUCAAAAGAGGACAAAGAAGUGGACAAACGCGAUAUCAAAGUUUCGCAAAAAAUGCAGGCGGAUGAAAAACUGAAAACGGAAGCAUUAACAGAUUUGCCAACCGAAUCGAGAGUGUCAACGCUAAACGUGGAAGACAAUCUUUCUCCAGAAAGGACAGGUUCAUCACAUGACAAAAAAUCAGAGCGAAUUAAAAGUGAUAAAGAACAACCAGAGGUUGAAACAGAUUUAGGAGAUAAAGAUUUUCGCUACAUCGACGACACUUGUUCGAGUUCUCCAAAGGCCACGAAAUCGGCAAAAACGAGACAGUCGAGACCAUCUACGGGAAAGAGUAUGAGAACAGAGAAAUUUUCUUCAAAAGCAUCGGCAAAGAAACAUCUGUUUGAAAGUUCUGAGGAGCGUUCUCCGCAUCAAAGUGCAAUAAUCGCGGUGUUAGACAGCCCAGAAUGGGAUGAAGAUGAAGCGGUUGAGAAAGAAAUCAGAGAAGCUCUCGGAGAGGAUAUGGAGCACGAGACAGAGCAUGAAGAAGAUAAUGAAAUUGGUGUUAUGCGAGUUUUGCCAAGUACGAGUGAAGAAGAGACUCCUAGCGUAGCUUUAGGUGUAUCUAGAACUGCAAGAAUUAAUUCUUUGCCUCAGGUACAAUCAUCAAGUACCAAUCGCUUAGUUACAAUAGAGAAUGCUGAUGGUCUGAACCGAGAACGAUUGUGGAGGAAACAUCGUCGCGAUAGCGGAGGCAGAGACAGUGGAAUAGAACCGAGUCCGAGAGUGUCGAGAAUUCCACGGAGGCGUAACGUAAGAUGUUGUCCAAAUACAGCGAAACAGCAAGCUCUUAAUAUGGAGACCGUUACCAGGGACGUACAAAUUAGCUUGCGUCGUUAUCACCUAGAAAGAAAAAUCUUUUUCCAAUUGAUGGAACUAAAGAGAUUACAGAUUCGUCAUGGUAGAGCGAACGAGCACGUCUUAGUAAAAAGACAGAACAAUCUUUUUCAGGUGGACGCCUUUCACAAAUCAGGAAUGUCUGGGCCUACUCUUGGCGUAGCAAAAUACGAUCAAGCAUUAACAUUUAGACAAUUCGAAGCGUUUCUGUACGAGCAAUUAAGAAGACUGCAGGGAAGACCAACUACUCCAGAUUUUUGUACCGAAGCGAAGCAAUGCACGCAAAAAACUCAUCGUUGUCAUCACGCGACUAGCGCUUACACUUCUAUUCCAGUCUAUACCUAUCAUUAUAAUUGCAGUGGGUGGAGGCGUCCCAGAUCGAGUGGACCAUCUUCCAAAAAUAGAGAGUCGCGGCAAAGGACAAAUGACGGUGGAAGUGACACACGGAGAAGAAAAGCAAGUGAUUGCUCUUCCAACUGAAAAAAUGGAUCGUACCAAAAGAUAUUUCGUUACAUUCACUGUAAGAGGUGAAACGCAAGACGAAAAACCGAAAUCUUCUUGCGCGAUACAAAGAAAUGCAAAGAGCGUGUAAAUGUUUCAGACACAUUCUUUCUGAUAAUCAAUCGACAAUUUUCAAAAAAUAAGUUGUAAAUAGUAAUAUUAUAUCUUAUGUAAUAUUUUUUUGAAAGAAAACUUCUACUGAAUCAAUGAAAGAAUGAUUUGGGGAAUAGAUAAGAGAUUAGAUAAUUCUGUAUUAUUUCAAUAUCUUUGUCAAGUAAAAUAUUGAAAUAAAAUAUUAAUAAUAAUGAAAAUUUUCGUGUUUAAAAAACGUUACGUGCAGGCAGUGCAAACUUUAUGUUUUUUAUCUGUGAAAAGCGUAACUAGCGUAUUGUUUUUGUCUAUUCGCAAAGAAAAUUUUCUACUUUAUAGAUACCGUUCUAAAAAAUGAUAUUACAUCAUAUAUUUAUUUCUUGAAUCUAAUAUUCUUCCUGGGAAUAAAUUUGCUUCUCGUGCGCACAAAAGUAAUGUAAGAAAUAUACUAAAACUGCCAGAUGGGACAAAAUUUAUGGAUCAAUUAAAAAUCAAAUUGUGCACAUUGUUAAAUUAAUUAAUUUGUAUAGAGCGUUAUUUGUACAUACAUAUAUAAUAUAAUAUAUUCAUAUAUGAACAAAGUUACAAUUUCGUACCUGAACUGUAAUGUGUAAAUCAUCUGUAAUUGAGAAAGGAGAGAAAGAAAGAAGGAGCAAAUGUUUCGCUUUAUUAUAAAUGCUGUGGUUAUUCUAAAAUUUAGUAUUGUGUAUAUAUAAGAGAACAAUGUUUUUUGCCAUGAUAUACAAUGUUAAAAAUAACAAAUUUAUUUAAUAGGACAUAUAUUCGACUUAUAUUCUGUGUGUUCUCUAGUUGUAAAAUAAUGUAAAAUAACAUUCUGUAUAAAAAUAUAAAUAAAUAAAAAUUACAACUAUA